CACAUGUACAAAUAUAUAUAUAUGUACACUUAUGUUUUGAAUUAUUAUAUAUAUGCGUAUGUAUGUACAUAAGCUUAUUGAAUUGCAUCUAUUCGGAUUAUACUAGUACGUAUGUAUGUAUCCACUAAUAUAUUUUGAAUUAUUACUUUGUAUGCACAGUAUAAGAAAUACCUACAACAUACAAUACCUACAUAAAAUGUAUAAAGCACAAACAAUUGUAAUGAGGAUAACUGUCUGCGGAUGGACAAACAUGGUAUAAAAGGAGCAGUGCUAACAAGCAUUGGGCAUUAGCUAGGCAUACGUGGCACGCGUCGCAACGUGGGUCACACGGGUAGUGGAAGAGGGAUCAACCUCCGAGACUAUUAUUGUAUAUUCGAAGUGGGCUUUAACCACUGAGACUGGUGCUAGCUGUAGGGUUUAAACCUACUCUAGUUCUAUACUUUAGAGAGUAGAUAUAGCGAGAGUAUAGCGAAUAAAGAGGCUGUAAACUAGAAGCGAGUGUGUUCUAAUUUCUUGAGGAGAUAGGGUGUUUACUCCUUACAGGACCCUGGACAACCGAGAGCUACGCCCAGCACUCAGGAAAGUCCGUUACAAAUGGCGCCCGAGCAGGGACUCUAAAGGAAACGAAACAUAAAGGAGAGUGCCGUGAAAAAAAAGUGAAGUGAAAAAAAAAAAGAGAGAACACAAGUGAUAGAGACACUGAGUUCAGCGACUACCCGAAAGACCCAAAUUUAAGAAGCAAUAAGGGCACAAGUGAGAGAGACACAAAGUGCAGUGACCACCCGAAGAACUACUAGUAGGCGGUCCAGUGAAGAAACAGUGUGAAAAAAAACAAUGGUGAAGAGAAAGUGGAUACAUUACCUCAACCGAGAGGAGCUGCUGACCUAUAUGGCAGAGUUCGGCCUCGAACAGACAGGAACAGUCGAAGAGCUGCGAAGACGUUUCUCUUCAUUUAUACAAGAAGAAAGUAACAACGAAGACUACCAAACGCGGUUCGAAGAGCUAGAAGCGAAACACUCGAAGCCUGCGCUGAAUGUUACCGCAGCAACACCAAGUGGAAGCCAGGGAGCCAGUGUCAUGCAGUCACCAAUGCCCGUUGACGCGUUUGAGACACCACAGCCAUACGCAACGUAUCCUACAACAUCGCUGGCAACCAUCAUGGACCGAGUCCGUAAGUGGGGUUUCAAAUACGACGGCGGCCGAGACCCGCUCAGCUUCAUCGAACGUGUAGAAGAAUUGGCGGAAGUAUACGAGGUGAAUCGUGACUUGUUACCGCGAGCGAUGCCAGAACUACUUAAGGAGAAGGCGUUGACAUGGUUCCGCAGUAAUAACCGGAAUUGGCGACAAUGGGAGGACUUCAAACGAGACUUUCUAAGGUUCUUCUUAAACUCUCGCUACCACGAAACCUUAGACGAUGAGAUCCGUCGUCGCGUCCAACAACCGAACGAGAAAUUUAAAGACUAUGUGUUGGCCCUUCAGAGUUUGAUGCGACACGCGAACUACACCUCAGAGCAGAAGCUGACGCGUAUCUACAGAAACUCUAGAAGCGAGUUCCAAUGGUACGUCAAACGAUCCGAGUUCACCACCCUAGAAGGGCUAGUGAGUUUGGCGGAAGAUAUGGAAAAUAUCCCCCCGGUGAGAGAGCCACAGAGAGCCGCAGCGCGAACCACUCCGCGGGUCACGGAGAGAUAUCAGCACAUGCGCGAACUGCCUAGGAGUGACGAGACGGCUAGAGCAGAGAGGACACAGCGCCGACCUGAACCACACAGCGGUGUGGCAACACCACAGACGGAGUACGUUAAUCCGUGGACUGCGUGUAGACAUUGCGGAGAAGAUGGCCAUUUUGCGAGAGAGUGCAGAGCUGCACGCCCAAACUAAAGAGUGUCCUAAGGCAGUCGGAUGGCCGAAUUAUGGCGGCGAUUAGAGUAAACGAGGUCGACGUAGUAGCUGCAGUUGAUACAGGCGCAACAAGAAGUUUCUUGAGCGAGGCCAUGUUUAAGAAACUGGAUGUGGGAGAGGUUAGGAAGGUGAACACGCGUGUGGUAAUGGGAGAUGGGAGAUCCAGAACGGUGCUGAAGGCUAUAACGGCGCAAGUGGAGCUGGCGAAUCAGGCGCAUGAAAGCGAUCUUUUGGUACUGCCUGGUUUGAUGGAUGACGUGGUGCUUGGAACCGAUUACCUGGCAAAAGCGGGGGUCCGAUUAUGUUGCGGAGACUUAGACGUGACACUCCGAGAAGAGAGCUGCGCACAAGGAGUAGAAACGUUCACGGCAAUACGCGAGGGAGGUGCAGAAAGGUCAGGUAAAUGCGAUGAACCCAAAUCAAACCCCAUAUCUACAGAAGCCACGACAACCGACGAAGCGAGGGAGUUCUUAAUGUCAGAGUUACGCAAAUUUGAGAAGAUGUCUGGAGUUUCAAAUAUUGCCACUCACCGGAUCGUCAUGAAGGAUGACCGGCCGAUCAAGCAGAGGUAUUGCCCGAAGAACCCGAAGAUGCAGGAAAUCAUCAACGCGGAAAUCGACGACCUUAUCGAGAAAGGGUGUAUUGAACCCUCACACAGCCCGCACAGCGCCCCAAUAGUGUUGGCGAAGAAGAAGACCGGCAAAUGGAGACUCUGCGUCGACUACCGACAGCUAAACGAGCGUUCAGUGCCCGACGCGUACCCCCUACCGAAGAUCCAACAUAUCCUUGAUCGACUACGAAGCGCGCGUUACAUUAGCAGCCUAGACCUGAAAAACGGUUACUGGCAAAUCCCAAUGGAAGAGCAGAGCAAGCAGUACACUGCUUUUACAGUGCCAGGGCGUGGCCUUUUUCAAUGGCGAGUAAUGCCGUUUGGGCUCCACUCCGCCCCCGCGACAUUCCAGCGUGCGUUAGACCAAGUUAUCGGUCCAGAGCUAGAGCCGUAUGCGUUUGCCUACCUGGAUGACAUUAUUGUCAUCAGUGCAACCCUGCAAGAGCACGUCCAACAUCUUUCGGAGGUCUUCCGACGGCUUAGGCAGGCGAAUCUUAGGAUCAACCCAGAAAAAUGCGAGUUUUUCAAGAAGCAGUUGAAGUAUCUGGGUCACGUCGUCAGCGAGAAGGGCAUUCACACCGAUCCUGAGAAGGUCGCGGCUAUCAAAGAGCUGACACCACCGACAAAUAUAAGGGAGUUACGCAGGUUCCUAGGGAUAGCUUCAUGGUACCGAAGAUUUGUCCCCGACUUUUCCAAAGUGGCGCAUGCGCUGACGUCCAUGCUAAAGAAGGGCCACAAGUGGAAAUGGAACGACGAGCAUCAGACAGCGUUCGAGGCGCUGAAGAAUGCGCUAACCGAGGC